UCACCCUUAAUUAUUAUUUGAUUCUACUAUAUAAAAUGGAGAGUUGCUUUUCAAGCAAUCAUGAACCAUGGUUGUAUGGGUUUUUUGUAUGCAUGAUGAUGCUACCAAUUUUCAUGGUUGGACAGAUACAAGGUGUUUGUAUAGAAGAAGAAAGAAAGGCACUUCUAGAUAUCAAAGCCUCCUUGAAUGAUUUUUGCUACAAAUAUGAUGUGGGCAUUAUUAAUCUUCUUCCCACUUGGGUUGAUCAUGGAAAUACCAGUGGUAGUAGACGCAACGAAUGCUGUAAUUGGGAGAGAGUCAAGUGUAACAUGACCACCGGGCAUGUAACGUACCUGUCUUUGGGAAACAUGAUUGGUGAACCUACAGAUGAUUGGUACUCCUACCACAGUGAUAAAAUAUGGCCGUUAAAUGUUUCUCUCUUUCUUCAUUUUAAAGAACUGAGAAGUCUCGAUUUGUCAUUAAAUCAUAUUGACGACACGAUACUUAGCACAGGACCCGAAAGGUUGUCGAGUUUGAAAAAACUGGAGACAUUCAAUCUUAGUUAUAAUAGUAUUGGAAGCGGCCUCUUUCCUUCAUUAGGUGGAGUCACCUCACUCAAAACUUUGGAUAUGAGUUGCACUGCCAAAGACAACUAUCCGUCAUCAAGCAAAGCAGAAAGUGGAACAAAAGUUAAAAACGAUAUAUCAAUAUUGGCAGCUUUGGAAAACUUAGUGGUAUUGGAUCUCACUGGGAGCGACUCUUAUGGUACCUUCCAAGUGCCAGGAGGUUCAGAGAAGAUUUCUAAAUUGAAGAGUUUGGAAACUCUAUCUCUCGCUUACAAUCAAUUUAAUGGAACGAUUAUCACAUCUUUAAGUGUCAUUUCAUCGCUAAAAGAAGUAGAUCUUAGUUAUAAUCCGUUAUCUGUGUUUCCAACCGAAGUGUUGGAUGAUAACUUCUUCAAAAAAGACGUCAUGCGAUCCAUCGCUGCUUUUCCAUCCCUAAGAAUUCUUUCUUUGAAUUUUGGAUAUGAUUUCGAAGAAGAAAUACCCUUUGGUAAUGAUUUGUUUCAAAUGUAUCCAAAUAUGAAAUAUUUUCCUGUUGCCUGUCAUAUAGCUUUGGCAUCUUUUCACCAUCUGGAGGUCUUAGAUUUGAGUCAAAACAGCUUUUCUGGAAGUAUCCCGUCGACAAUACAGUCAUUGUCUUCUCUUAGGGCCAUCUCAUUCGCUGGCAACGCACUCAAUGGAUCGCUGCCUGAAACUGGGUUAUGUGACUUAAAGAAUCUCCAUGAGCUCGAUCUUAGUGACAACAUGUUCAGUGGUAGCCUGCCUGAAUGUUUCAACAGGCUAUCAUCUCUUAAGGUCUUUGAUAUUUCUUCAAAUUUAUUCACGGGAUCACUUCCGCCAUCUCUGUUCGCUAAUCUCACAUCUCUCGAGCACGUAGAUUUUAGUCAUAACAAGUUUGAAGAUUCAUUCUCCUUCAGCUUAUUCUCCAAUCAUACAAAGCUUGAGGUAGUUGCUUUUAAAAGCGACAACGACAAGUUUGUGGUCAUAACAGAAGAGCCUAAAGGUUGGAUUCCAACAUUCCAGUUGAAAGUUCUCGUGCUGUCGAAUUGCCAUAUUAACAGGCCAAAAGGAAGUGGUGUUCCUAGUUUUCUACUUCUCCAGCACAAGUUACAGUUCCUAGACAUGUCGCACAACUCCUUGGAGGGACACUUUCCAAAUUGGUUGACAAAAAAUAAUACUGCCGUGGAAUUUCUUAUUCUAAGGAACAACUCAUUCGACGGUAAUAUUUCUAUGCUGUCAUUAUUAAGGAACGACCGAAUGGUGUGGUUGGAUAUUUCUGAAAAUCUCGUGAGAGGUACUAUCCCCAGCGAUAUACAAAAGCUCUUUCCCAGUAUAACUCAGUUAAAUAUGUCCAGGAAUUUUUUAGAUGGUGUUAUCCCAUUUUCCGUUGGUGAAUUGAGUCGGUUAGAGGCACUGGAUUUAUCUCAUAAUCAGUUGAGUGGAGAAGUACCAAUGGGAUUGCUCACAAAUCUUUCGGAGUUGUGGCAAUUAAAACUAUCAGAUAACAGCUUGCAGGGAGAGGUACUAUCGGGAAACUUAAGCUUCGGUUCUUUAACGAGGCUUCAGUUAGAUAGCAACCUUUUCACAGGGAAGAUUGCAAGUGUGCUUGGCGAGAACGUUUAUAUGUAUCUUCUGGAUAUUAGCGAUAACUCAUUCUCGGGUAUGAUACCCGGUUGGAUAAGCAACCAUUCUAUCGUGGAACUUUUGGUGAGAAACAAUCAGUUGGAGGGGCAGUUUCCUUGUGGAACAGCUUCAUUCUCUUUUCUCGAUAUCUCAUAUAAUAGUUUCUCAGGUCCCAUCCCGUCCUGCUUAAGUUGGCAAUUUGUGAAGCAUCUACAUUUGGGUUUCAACAGAUUUACUGGAUCUAUACCAGCUUCGUUUAGCAAUUUGACCAGUGUUUUGACUUUGGAUAUACAAAACAACAGCUUGUCAGGCAGUAUUCCUGAGGUUCUUGGUGAACUAUCCAAUUUGAGGAUCCUUCUUUUGGGAAAAAAUAAGUUUAGGGGGUCGAUUCCAAAGCAGUUGUGCCAGUUACGUAAUGCGAGUUUGAUAGAUUUAUCUAGCAACUUCCUUUCUGGUUCAAUACCUCCCUGCCUUGAAAAUAUUACUGGGGCAACUUACCCUGCUUUCAUACAGGAAUUAAUUUCCAGCUUGGGUUUUGGGGUUUCAGUUGAUUUUGGCGAAUUUGUGGAGACGUUUGAAACAGAAGACAUAGCUGAGUUUACAAUAAAAAGCAUGCCUCGCCCCUACAAAGGUAAGAUCCUCGAUAACAUGACAGGGUUGGAUCUAUCGUGCAACAAACUCACAGGUGAAAUCCCACCGGAACUAGGGAGGUUGACCCAGAUUCACGUUUUGAACCUUUCUCACAACCAGCUGACUGGACCCAUCCCAGUGUCGUUCUCAAAUCUUUCGAAUAUAGAAAGCAUGGACCUUUCUUCAAAUCGUCUGAGUGGCAAAGUUCCAUCGGAACUAACUAAGCUGAACUCCUUGGCUGUUUUUAAUGUUUCCAACAACAAUCUAUCAGGUAGACUCCCAGACUUGACAGCACAGUUUGGUACCUUUUCCAGUGCAAGCUAUGAAGGGAACCCAUUUCUUUGCGGGCAGCCGCUAGAGAAGCAAUGCACGACUACGACCAAGUCACCGACGAUCAUCGUUCCACCAGCUGAAGAAGGCACUGAAAAAUGGUACGAUAUUGAUAUGGCAUCCUUUUAUGCCACAUGGUCUGUGGUCAUGUUGGGAUUUGCUGCGGUUCUUUACAUGAAUCCUUACUGGCGUCGAAGGUGGCUAGACUUUGUUGAAGAAUGUAUGUAUAAAUGCUAUUACUUUCUGUAUGAUUUAGUAAGGAAGCCCUCUAUGCUCUUCCGUAACUAGGUCAGGUCUCUUAAAGAAUUGAUGUGUAAUAAGA